AUGGGAAACAGAGGAUGCAGUUCUCCAAAUUGCAAGAUACAACUUGGAAAUAUCCCCUUCAAUUUAAUAUUUGACACAGUUGCUGGCAUUGGCAUUUCAGCCAACACCUUUGUUCUCCUCUUUUACAUCUCCACAAUCCUUCUGGAUCACAAGACUAAGCUCCAUGACCUGAUCACCUGUCACUUGGCCUUUGUCCACAUAGUGAUGCUCCUCAUUCCAGUGGAAUUUUUCUUUCCAGACAUGUUUCAGUCACUGAAUUUUCUAAAUGACUUCAAAUGCAAGGCUUUGUUCUACACGCAAAAGGUGAUGAGGGGCCUCUCCAUCUGCACCACCUGUCUCUUGAGUAUACUCCAGGUCAUCACCAUCAGCCCCAGCACCUCCUGGAUGGCAAAAUUUAAACAUAAAUUCACACAUUACAGAAUCCUGGGGUUGUUUGGGUUUUUUUGGUCCAUCAAUUUGUCUUUCAGUAGUGACAUGAUCAUCUAUGCUGUAGCUUAUUCCAACACAACCCAGAAAAACCUACUGAAUAUCAGUAAAUACUGCUCACUGUCCCCCAUGAAUGUCAUCCUCAGGGGACUGUUUCUCACUCUGUCGUUAUCAAGGGAUAUCACCUUUGUAGGACUUAUGCUGCUCUCAAGUGCAUACAUGGUGAUCCUAUUGUGCCGUCACCAGAGGAGGCUCCAAUACCUCCACAGCACCAGUUUCUCCACAAGGGCCUCCCCAGAGAAAAGGGCCACCCAGAGCAUCCUGCUGCUGGUGAGUUGCUUUGUUUUCAUGUACUCGCUGGAAAUUAUUCUCUCAUCCUCCACAUCCAUGUUAUGGGUAUUUGGCCCUGUCAUUUUCAGUGUCUACAGGUUUGUCGUCAAUGUCUAUGCUACUGUCAGUCCUUUGCUACUGAUCAGAUCUGAUAAAAGAAUCAUCACUAUUCUGCAAAAGUUUUAG